AAGAGGAGGACUGCCCCAGAGCCCAGAGGAGAGGCAGGUGCAUCACCUGGAUCAUGAGGUCAUCCCUUUGCUGGCUCCUCCCACUGCUCCUCAUCUCGGCCUCAGUAGCCCAAGGCCAGCCAACAAGACAACCAAAACCUGGGGCCAGGCGCAAGCUCAGGCCCAGACCCUCGCCCAGGCCCAGACCCACACCCAGCUUCCCUCAGCCCCAUGAGCCAGCGGAGCCUACAGACCUGCCUCCCCCGCUCCCUCCCGGCCCUCCAUCUGUCUUCCCUGACUGUCCCCGGGAAUGCUACUGCCCCCCUGAUUUCCCAUCAGCCCUCUACUGUGAUAGCCGCAACCUGCGUAAGGUCCCUGUCAUUCCACCCCGCAUCCAUUACCUCUAUCUCCAGAACAACUUCAUCUCUGAGCUCCCCGUGGAGUCCUUCAAGAACGCCACAGGCCUGAGAUGGAUCAACCUGGACAACAACCGAAUCCGCAAGGUGGACCAGAGGGUGCUGGAGAAGCUCCCCGGCCUGGUGUUCCUUUACAUGGAGAAGAACCAGCUGGAAGAGGUGCCCUCGGCCCUGCCCCGGAACCUGGAGCAGCUCAGGCUGAGCCAGAACCUCAUCUCCAGGAUCCCGCCUGGGGUCUUCAGCAAGCUGGAGAACCUGUUGCUAUUAGAUCUGCAGCACAAUCGGCUGAGUGAUGGUGUCUUCAAGCCUGACACCUUCCAGGGCCUCAAGAACCUCAUGCAGCUCAACCUGGCCCACAACAUCUUGAGAAAGAUGCCACCCAAGGUCCCCUCAGCCAUUCACCAGCUCUACCUGGACAGCAACAUCGAGACCAUCCCUAAUGGAUAUUUCAAGGGUUUCCCCAACCUUGCCUUCAUCCGGCUGAACUACAACAAACUGUCAGACAGGGGCCUCCCCAAAAACUCCUUCAACAUCUCCAACCUGCUUGUGCUGCACCUGUCACAUAACAAGAUCAGCAACGUGCCCGCCAUCAACAACAAGCUUGAACACCUGUACCUCAACAACAACAGCAUAGAGAAAAUCAACGGGACACAGAUUUGCCCCAACAACAUAGUGGCCUUCCAUGACUUCUCUUCGGACCUGGAAAAUGUGCCACACCUGCGCUACCUGCGGCUGGAUGGCAACUUCCUGAAGCCACCCAUCCCUCUUGACCUCAUGAUGUGCUUCCGCCUCCUGCAAUCCGUGGUCAUCUAGACCUUGACCUGGGGCCGGACCUCCUCGGACCUCAUUUGAAGGCUGGUGGCCUAGGCGCGUAGGCCCAUUUUUCUCUCUCCCUCUCUCACCCCCAGCUUUGCUUCUCUUAUCCCUCCUUUCAGAGGAUGGGAAAUGCCACAUGCUUGGCUGUGGCUCUGGGACAAGACUUCCCAGGGUUUGAUUGGGUUUCACACAGUUUAAAGGCACUCCUGCACGCCCAGAUUUCUGGCCUUUUGUGGUCUCCCUUUGCUCCAGAAACCAGGUGUUUCUAAAGCCGUCACAUCCCCUUCUUUCUUCUCCUCUACCUGUCUUUCCUGGGUAAGGUGGGGCCGUUGACUGAAAUCUGAUCUUGGUCCUGGCCAAUUGAGAAGCUAGAGAUGGUCUGGGACAGCCUGGAGGUGAGCUUUGGAAAGUUUGAUUGGAAACACCAAUAGAGCAGCUCUGCCUCAAACAGGCUGAGAAACCCAGGAUUGCUUCUUUCAAAACUGCUGACCCGCCACCCUGUUCCCUGGCACAAGGCAUUGCACUGCUCUCUGCCAGCCCACAUUCUCCAGAAAGGAAGUAUGAGGGAAUGAUAAAGGUGGGAUGGAGGGUCAGAGUUCCCAUAAAUGCCUGCAUCUGGUCAUCUCUGUCCAGGGAUAAGUUGGAAACCCCUCCUCAUCCUCCUUCUCCUCCAGGGUGAACACAACAACCACCCUCCUGGCUGGAUCUCAGAAUAAAGCAGCCAAAAAAUUAAAUUUAGCUGGAAGGAAAGAGCUAGGGGUCAUAGCCCCAGGGUGAGCCCAUGGGGGUGUAGAGGAACCCUGCAGCCACCCUUGCCCAACCUCAACAAGAGGCCUGAGGCCCUGGGGAACACAGUGUUCACAGUGGAGGGUCAAGAGUUCCCCCCCACACACCCCAUCUGUUCUCCAUUAAUGUGGAUCAACCAGCCGUUUCCACCCCUGGUGGAGGUUCUUGAGAAACAAAGAGGGGGGCAGAGCACUGGGAAAUCUACCAGGAACCUCUUCCACAUUGAAAAUUGGACUCCAUCUCUAAGUCAGACACACGAGUGACACCUGGUGGCUGCUGAAGGUCACAGCUGGCCCCAGUCUUACCCUCUCUCUGGGGUGAUGUUCCAAGAUCAAAGAGCUGACAUCAGGUUGUAUCAUGGAAAAGCAAUGGGUGAUAUGCAUGGUGUCUCUCUCCUCUAAGGUCUGAAGUGAGCUGGGGCUCACUUCCAUCGUGAGUGAGCACAAAUAGGAAACCUUUGGAAGCACACGUAAGGCUAUAGUUUAACCUUGGCCUUUCCAGGUCCCUUUUGCUCUCAGCUUCCACAUCUGUACACCCAGGUGGUGGGUAAGAUGCUCCUCUGAGAUCUCCCAACACUCCAGUUCCAAGUCUGUGGCCCCACACCCUAAAGUGUACCCCGAUGUAUGACAAGUCCUAACUAUUUUCCUUUCCCUGGCAGUAAUUUAUUCUCUGUUUGGACUGUCCGUACCCCAGAGUUUUCUCCUCCUUACUUGGCCCAGGUGAGCAUCUUGGCAGGUCUCCAAGUGGAACAUGGGCUGCCUUGCCUUUUCUGCCCCCCACCCCCAACUUUCUCCAGGGGAUGCUGCCCCUUCACAGUCCCCUGAGUGUGCAUGUCGGUAGGGAGGUCAUAGUUUUAGAAAUGAGUAAGACACAGUACCCACCCUCAAGUUAGGAUGAGAAAAGCCCCAGGGCUUUUUAAGAAAUUGGGUUAAGCUGGGUUCCAGUGCAACACCUCUUGCUCAUCUUUCUCUUUUGCUAAUCGUAGAAAAUAAGGCCCAUUUCAUCACAGCCUCCUUCCCUGCUCCAUACAACUUCCCCGUUCUUCCUAGUUGUAGCUGGUUUCUCCAAGGCUCCCGCUUAAAGUCGAUAUAUUAUUAUGGCUGUAAGCAACCUGGUGCUAUGGCCUGGAUAAGCCCCUUCUGCACCUAUUCAUACCUUGCAACCUCAGCUCCUUUGGUGAGGCCCAUGGGGACCACAGUUCCCCAGGGGAGCCUGGUCCUGCAAACCUGAACUGUUUUCUGUUAGCAGCCACACCGUCAUCACCAUCCCACUGCUCCGUCCAGAAUAUAUGUGCUCUUUCUGCAGCUGUAAGCCAGAGAGGUUACUGGCUUUGUAGUACCCACUCUCCAGCCCUACCCCUUCCCCCGACCCCAUAUGCAAUGUGCUGGUUUCCUCUGGAUUUAGAAAGUCCCUCCUUCUCCCACAAUUCAUUCCCAAAGU